AUGGCGGCGUCAGCUAAGAAGAAGAAUAAGAAGGGGAAGACCCUAACUCUGACAGACUUCUUGGCGGACGAAAGCGGAGGCAGUGGCCCGCCACCCAGCUACCCCGUCAAAACCACUAGCUGGGCUGAUGAAACGGACGACUUGGAUGGAGAUGUGUCAACUUCAUGGCACACAGAUGAGGAUUCAUUCCGGGCCCCGCCUAUCGACCGAUCCAUCCUGCCCACAGCACCCCGUUCGGCUCGUGAGCCCAAUAUUGAUCGGUCUCGACUGCCUCGCAGCCCGCCAUACACUGCCUUUCUCGGCAACCUUCCCUAUGAUGUCACUGAAGAGUCGAUCAAAGACUUCUUUCGCGGCUUGGCAAUCAGUGCAGUGCGUCUCCCUCGUGAACCCAGCAACCAUGAGAGGUUGAAGGGUUUCGGCUAUGCUGAGUUUGAUGAUGUGGAGUCUCUCCUAAGUGCGUUAAGUCUCAAUGAGGAGAACCUGGGAAACCGAAGGAUCCGUGUGGAUAUAGCAGACCAGUCGAAUGAUAAAGAGAGAGACAGUGGAAUGAUGGGAGGCAGAGACCGAGGUGGGAGAAUGGCGGACAUGGGCCCUGACAAGACUGACAGUGACUGGAGGGCUCGGCCCAGUGGAGACAUUGACGAUGGACCACCCAGGAGGGAUGAUGCCUUUGGAGAGAGAUCCCGGGAUCGCUAUGAGUCGGAUCGUUUCCGAGAUGGUCCACGACGGGACUACGAUAGCGGAAGAGACCGCUACCGAGACCGUUACGAUGACAGAGACCGACGAGAUUACGAUAGAGGAGGUUAUGACUCUCGUGGUGGUGGUGGAGGCCGUCGCGCCUUUGGCAGCAGCUUCCGUCGCGAUUAUGAUGACGGUCGAGGUAGCAAUGACCGGUAUGGCGAUCGAGAUCGUUACGGGGACAGAGAUCGUUACAAUGACGACCGAUACGAAAGACGGGAUGAGAGGCGUGAAGAAAGAGCUCCUCAGCAGAGGCCUAAGUUGAAUUUAAAGCCUCGCAGCGUGCCCAAGGAUGAAGAAGGUAGCGGCGGCAGCGGCGGAGGAACUUCUCCAGCUGCCGCACAGACCUCUAGCAGCAGGGCCUCCUCUAUCUUUGGUGCCGCCAAACCCGUUGACACGGCAGCCAGGGAACGGGAGGUAGAGGAGAGGCUAAAAAAACAGGAGGAGAGGCUCCAGAGGCAGAUGGAAGAAGACAAGAGCCGGGGCCCUGACAGAAAGAUACGAGACAAAGACCCAAGCUGGCGAAAUGAGGAAAGUCACACCGAGCGAUCUCGUACAGGAAGUGAGUCCUCCCAGCAAGGAAGUGGGUCUGGUAGAGGGUCACGGUGUCGAGACGGUGAGCGUUCCGGGGAGAAUGAGGUUUUCAGUGGGAGGGAAGACGAGUCCUCGUCCCCUGCAUCCGCCGCACCGCCUCCCCCCACCAAGGAGCCACUGAAGGUGAUGCCUGCACCUCCCCCUAAGGAGAACGCUUGGGCAAAGAGAAGUGCAGCCAGCGCCAGCUCUGCUGAAUCCGAUGGCCGCUCCCCAGUAUCCCCUGUUGGUUCAGCUCCUCCCAAGUUCAGCUCAUCGAAUUCUGCAGAUGAACGAGGAUCUGGAAAGGAUGAGAACAAGGCUGAUGGUGCACACCGGGACCGGGGCCCCCCACGGACUCGAGGUGGGCCUGCGGGGCCUGGAGCAGGGCGAGGGCGAGAAGAAGGUCCCAACAGAGACCGAAGAAAGGAGGCAGACAGAAAGGAUAACAGAAGAGACAGAGACGCCAGACCGCCACCAGAGCCAAAGAAAUACACCGAAACCCCAACCCCUAAGUUCAGCUCAGCCAGUAAAUACGCUGCUUUGCUAAUGGACGGAGACGGUGACGACGCCGGGGAUGUGGAGUAG